AUGGGUGACCCAACACGACACCCCGAGCCUGACGGCUCACCACGAGAAUAUUUCUCACAGCACGCCAUGCGCGAUGAAUCUGCCGACGAUGCGGCAAGUCUAACCGACGUCUCUCGGAUGAACCCAUUUGCUGCACUCGCGGCAUGGUUUCCAGGAUCGAUCGAAGAUGCUGGCGAACGUGAAGCGGAGAUCACAGACACAGUUGAUCUAGAAACGCCACAAGCACGACAACUCAGCGAACAGAGACGUACGCUAGAGGGUAGAUGUGCAGUCGCUCUCGGAGAGCAGGAGCGUGAGCUCCGACGCGAACUCGACAGCGCUCUUCAGAAACAGAAGCAGCAGUCCGAGACCGAGAAUUUCAAUGCGCUUCAGAUACAGAAGCAGCAAUACGACGAAGAACGAGACAACGCUCUUUGGGAGCAGAAGCAGCAGCUUGAGAGCGAAAGAGACAUCGCCCUCCAAGAGCAGAAAGCUCAGUUUGAGCAGAAGCUGGAAGAGGAACUAGACUUUGCCGGGGAACUCCUCAUGCGAGAGACAGAAGGUAACGGCCUCACCCUGCAGAGGUUGACGAAUAGGAUCAUGAAAGCUAGCGAGUAUUUCGGCUUUGGGCUGGCAGAAGACAUCGAUCUUGACUGCAAGAUAGAGCAGUUCGCUCUCCUAGCAAGGCUUAAUACCUCCAGGAUAUGUCAAGGAGCGUUUCAUGAGUUGUCGCAGCGUCUCAACAUUCCCCUAGAAAGGUGGUGUUCAGCUUGGGAACUCUUUGAUCAAGAGCAUACCGAUGAAUAUAUGGCACUACUUACUAGCCAGGUGGACAGAAUAGUCCAAGCCUGCGACAAUAGAGUCGACACAGAACAGUGCCGCACUACCAAUGUCCAACGCGCAUCACUCAUCUCAAAGAUGAAGGUCAGUAGGACCAUCACAGACCUGAGAGAGCAGAUAGCAGCGAACGACAAGUUAUGGGCCGAGGUGGUCUCAAGAUCAGAGGCGUGCUUGGUCGCGAAAGAUCAACACAUCGGUGCCCUAACAGAGCGUCUCAGAUUGCAGACGCAAGUGGUAGACGAGAGACACGCCCUACUGAAGCAGAUGGCAGAUGCCGCUGCAGCGUUAGUAGGGUAG